UACACCAGCAGUCAUGUGACGGUAAUAUAGUACAACUCCACAUACUCGCUGUAGUCAGUCUGAACCGUGCUGCUUGGCAAGUCUCAAGGGCAAAUCCCGCAUUUGAGCGAUAUUCCUAAUCGAAUGCCGAGAAGUAAACGCAUUGGAAUAAAAAAGAGAUUUGUAUAUGCUUGAUUGAAUAAGAUACAUCCUGACUGGAAAUCUUGGAAUAUAAGACUUUUCCUACUGAAGCAUUGUUCUUUAUCACUCGUGAGAGAACAAUAUAUACUUAUCUCUCUGUAGAGAGAAGCGAACUUGCUGUGGUGACCCUGUCCUGGGUUUAUUUGGUCCUCAAUUCCUGGUAGCAAUUCCUGUAAACAGAGGAAUACAUUCUGUGGCAAAUCUUUUCUUGGCCCUUAGCCAGGAAUGGUGGAUAACCUCCUAGUGAGCAGUGAGGAUACUUUUGUACAUUACUGUGGCUCUCCUCUGGGAUAUCACCUGUCGGACAUGGUUACGGACGCUGGGACCUACCAGGUGAUGCCCUCUCCCUUCUCCGAUGAUGACCUGAGCGAGUCGUCCAGCCCUCGCUCCUGUUCCAGCCCGGAUUCUCAAGUUCUUAGCUCCAGCUAUGGCAGCAGCUCGAGCGCGGAGAGCUCGGACAGCGUCCUGGACUUCCUGCUGUCCCAGACCUCCCUAGAGGGAGCAGGGCCCGGGGCGGCCAUCCCCAUGUCCCUGCCCACCUUUCUUUGGGACUCACAGAGGGACGCCCCAACGCACCCACAGGCCUUGAAGGAGGAGCGUGUGGACUUCCCGGUUUGGUCCUUGGUGGAUAUGGAAGAAACCUCCUUUCAACCCACCUUGGAGGAGAUAGAGGAGUUCCUGGAGGAGAACAUGGAGGUGGUGACGUCCAUUAAGUCGGAGGCCCGGGAGGGGGUGCUGGGGCAAGACUUGGGUCUGGAGGAGAUCUUGGGACUGGGGGUGGGACUGGAGGUGUACAGGGAGUCCUCAUCCCCAGGGCCGAGGCCUGAACACUCAGGCCAAUCUGAGGCGGCGGAGAAUACCACCACCAGCACCGAUAACAGAAGCUCGCCGUCCACGCCGGCACCAGAGUCCAUCAAAGGCCCGCAGGACCUCAGGCCCACGAGUGGAUCAUUACCCAGCAGGCCCGGCUCCUCAGCGAGUGGUGCGAACGGGAUUGGCUGCGGGGUGCCGGUCAUCCUGCAGAUGCAGAUCAAACAGGAGCCUGGUACCAUGACUCCGCCUCCUCAGGUUGUCCAGCACCCCCCACAGCCGCCGCCACCGGACAUUAAAAUGGCCCAGUUGCUGGUCAACAUCCAGGGGCAGACCUUUGCCCUGGUGCCCCAGCUGCUGCCCUCCGCCAGCCUCAACAUCUCCUCCAAGUUUGUGCGCAUUGCCCCGGUGCCCAUUGCGGCCAAGCCACUGGGUCUCGGGGAGGUGGCGGUGGGGGGAGGGCAAGGCCAGGGGCUCCUGGUGGCGGGUCAGAAGUUCCAGAAGAACCCGAUGGCGGACCUGAUCAAAAUGCACAAAUGCACUUUUCCCGGCUGCACCAAGAUGUACACCAAGAGCAGCCAUUUGAAGGCCCACCUCCGAAGACACACCGGGGAGAAGCCCUUCGCCUGCACCUGGCCGGGCUGUGGAUGGAGGUUCUCGCGGUCGGAUGAGCUCUCGCGGCACCGGCGGUCUCACUCAGGGGUCAAGCCUUACCAGUGUUCUGUGUGUGAGAAGAAAUUUGCCCGCAGUGACCAUCUGUCAAAACACAUCAAAGUCCACCGCUUUCCGCGAAGCAGGACACUGCGCUCAGCAAACUGACCCCAUCCAGAUUCGUCUUCAAGGGACAUAGGCCAAAAGAGAUGGAAUUUGUGUGAAUGCGUUUGGGUGAGAGAGUGGUAUGAGUUAUGGUGAGGGUUAGUGAGGGAGUGGGUAAGUGCGAAGGGGGGAAUUUGAGAGUUUGGGGGAGAGAACUAGAGUGAAAUAGAGCAUGCCAGAGAGCGAAUGAGAGAUAUAAGAGAGAGUGCCUUGACUUCUACAGUCAGCAGAGGUACUGUGCUAUAAUUUAUUGUAGAAAGCAAAACCAUGAAACAACCAAGCAAAACCAACAAAUGACAGUUGCCAUCUUCUUAGUAGUCAAUGUUUAUUGAGAUUCUUGAUGCGUUUGGGGCUUUUAUGUUGAACUAAAUUUUCUUUGUCAGUCCUGUCGUUUAAGACAAGCUUUUUUCAUUUGAGAUGAAAUGUGUAAUUGCUUCCGUAAUAGCCUGGUGUUUUCUAUUUUACCUGGAUAUGACUGCCUUUAUCUUUUAAAAAGCGCCAAUGUCUUUGACAUUCCUCAUCCAGGGUGGGUUUCCCCCCGGAAACUUUCUCCUUGUUUUUUGUCUAGCACUUAGCUCAUUGAUGUGCAUGGUAAUUAAUCUCCUACUCAUUCAGCACACUGUCUAUGCAAAGGGAGAGGCGGAGUCUGUUGUCAAUUCUAUACAUGAACUACUGAUUACAAAUAAGUACAUGUCACUAUAAGCUAUCUGCACAGAUUUUAAUGCAAAGCAGUUGAAGGUAAAAGAACGGUAGAUGGAAUAGAAAUGAAAUAGCAACAAAGAAAGAACACAGUUAUGAUUGUAGAUUGUUUUAUGUGUAAAAAAUGCCUUCCAAUCAGUGUUUUGGUGUCGCCUUCUGCUUUGUUUUAAACUGAAUUUGUGUAUAUUUUUGGUGUCAGUGGCACAAGCUCAUUGUAAGACUCUUGUCUGGCCUUAACCCACCACAACAUCCUUACCUUGGCGACACAAUCGUCAAAUAAACCAUUGCAGACAUGUUUCAUGGAAAACCUGUGAGAUGCGGUUCUGGAGGCGUAACGAAAGGGGCUCCUCAUGGGAAUGAAUGUCUCUCUGAUGUUCUUCUUUCUUGGUUGCUGGUAAUAAAAAAAAAAAUGAAACAGAUAGUGAAGCUGUUAGCGCAUCUGGCCUCUAACAAAAAGGUUCUUAGUUUAAAUCCCUGAGCCUCCAAGGUGAAAAAUCAGUUGCUCUGUCUAAAACAUUUAACCCCAAUUGCUAGCUCCUAAUUUUAGUUAAACCCUGUUUGCAGUUAACGGCUAAAAUAAUGUAAUUCUUGAACUCAGCUAACCAAUACGAUCUAUACUGGAACACCCACAAGCCCCUGUUCUCACGAAGCUGGCGUCAGGUCUGUUGAUACGACUACACCAUGCUGCUGUACACCUGGAAGAUCGGCCUUCUGGGAACUAGAGUCACAACAAACUCAUUGAGACCAUGACACAGUUUUCUAAUGUCCUGUUUGCCCUGUUUUGAAGAUAUUCAGUGUGUGAGAUACCGUCCAUUCAUAGAUUAAUGUUUGCAGACAACAAAAGCAGGGUACACCAUUACUGUACAUCAUUCCUUCAUUCAAUUUUUGAAUUGUUGAUGCUUGUUUAAAAGACAGGUGUUUUAUCGCAUCCUAUGAAUGUAUGUAAAUACGCGGGAGUGUAAACAACUGCAUCUCUGCGGAACUCACAGAAAACAAUUGUGAUAACAUAUCUUAUGUCGGAGCUUGUGAAGGUUUCUAGUGUAAACCCUAAAUGUGUACAUAAUAUAACGUUUCAGUACAUAUGAAUAUAUUAUAUAUUUUUCUUUGUUCUACCCGAGAUGCAUUUACAAAUAAAAAAUGAAAACUGUCCUGUG